UGAUAAUCUUGACAUAAGGGAUCGUCUCAAAAUGUUCGUACGUUUUUUUCGUAUAAUUAUACGAACGCUACGAAGUACUUCGUUUCGUGAAACGAAUGUCAUACGAAGUGCUUCGUUUAAAAUAAAAAAUAUAAACGAAGUUUAUACGAACUUUUUUAAUACAUGAUACGAACUUAAACGAAGUUUUUUUAUCAUACAAAAUAAAAUGAUACGAACUUUGAACGAAGUAAAUUGCUAUACGAUCUUGAAACGAACUUCAAAAGUACCGGCGUAAUAGCGCGUAAUUAUUUCAAUACAAAAUCAGAAACAAAAGAAUUAAACGAAGUUUUUUUGACAUAGGAAAAGAAAUGAUACGAACUUUAAACGAAGUAAAUUGCUAUACGAACUUAAAACGAACUUCAAAAGUACCGGCGUAAUUGCGCAUAAUUAUUUCAAUACGAAACCAGAAAUAAAAGAAGUAAAAUAUACGAUUUAUUUUAAUAGUUUCAACCAAACUUAAAUUUAAUAUCAAGCAUUUGUAUUUCCUUUUUAAAAUAUCGAAUUUAAUUAAAUUAAACAGUUUUUUUUAAAACUAGCUACUUUCAUAGCAUGUCUAAAAAUUACGACAGUGAUAUCGAUUGGAUAUAUGACACAGCCAGUUCCGACGACGAGACUGAUUUGUUGCAAAAUAAAAAUAAAAGACGAGGAAGACCAAGCAUACACGAGAAAUAUCCGGAAAUAAUUACUUGUGUCAAGACGUUGAUAGAACAGGGUUCUGCUGAAGCUCACUUACGUCGGAGAGACAGUGUUAUGUACACAAAUGGGCUUUCUUUGAAUGAUAUCGUUAUGCACGUCAAAAAAACCUUGGGUAUAACUGUUAGUCGCCACACCAUUCACAGAUUAAUGCUUCCACCCCGAAAAAAAAACACAACGAGUAAAAACUACAAAUGUCUGAUAGACGCACGUGUUCCUCCAAAAAGAAAUACAAAAGAAAAAAAAACACACGACGACUUUCAUUUCACUUGCGGUCAAGUUCGCAUAGUUAACGAAAUGGGAUAUCUUUGCAAAGAAAACACACUUAUGCUGUCCGUAGACAAUAAAAAUAAAGUUGAUGUGGGUAUUCCAGCGAACAGCAGACGAACGAAAAUACGCACUUUUCAUUUGGUUAACGAAGCACCAAAUUAUAAUGAUCACGAUUUUCCAAAUCCAAACUCAAAGCUUGUGCCUGCUGGCUACCAAAUACUAAAGGACCGAAUACAGCGGAGUCGUUCUCUUUCUCCUGCAAAGAAAAUUACUUUUCGACGCAAGCGAUCUUUAUCCGAAGGAUCAAACAUUGACAACCAACUCAAACGAUUUGUAAGAAUAUCGAAAGACAAGUUGAAUCGUUCAAUAAUAAACUGGCCGCGUUCUAGAAAACUUCUGGUGCAGUUGUAUCCAUCGCGUCUUAUUGAAAGCACCAACGUGAUGCACGUCAAUCAUAUGAUAAAUUUGAUUGAAAAAUAAAGAAAAAUAAAAGAAAUCGUUAAUGUUGUUGCGAUUGCUGACGGAGGCCCUGACUGGUCAGUUAAGGGCAUUAUUAAUUUCAUGUCUAUGGGUUUGCUGUGGAGAAAUCUUGAGCUCGACACAUUUGUUGUACAAUCAUACGCACCUGGUCACUCAAGAUUUAAUCCCAUUGAGAGAUGCUGGUCUUACCUGACUAACAGGAUCUCAACAGUAACUUUGCCAGACGAUAUUGAAGGAGUAACACCACAUCAAAAUGACGUUGAGGGGUGGAUGAAAGUUCUGGACAGAGCUGUCGAUUUGUGUGCUCGAUUUUGGCAUAAUAAGACCUAUUGUGGAUUCCCCAUAGCUGUGGAAACAUUUAAAAGUGACAAUCCACUGGUACCACAUUUAAAAAAUGCUCAUACCAUGCUGAGAGAUUUUUCGAAUGCGUCUAAGAAAAAACUGAAUGAAACCCCUGGUUAUUCAGAACUGGCGGAAAUUUAUUCCUUUUUGGUCAGACACGCUAAUCGUAAAGCAUACCAGUUAGAGUUCGUGAGAUGCGCCGACAAAUCGUGCAUAUCUAGGUCGACAUACGGGAAAUUCGAGAAAGAAUUGACAUAAACGAGGCUACCACUAAUCAAAUAAAUGAUAAAGUAGAACUUGUGGAAACAACUACAAAACACAUUGAGACGCAUUUAAAAAGAAGAAAGGAGAAAAGUAAACUUUCAUCUGAAACAUUUUUUGUUCGUCCAGACAGUACCAGAGCAUUUCAAGUCACCCCCACUGUUAACGCCACUAACAUUACUUCCGAAGAAUUUAACAUGACACCUGAAGUCACAAGUAUCCUGGCCGA